AUGCCUCGACAAGGGCCCCCUUAUGGUCCACCAAACGAGGGCCUCGAAACUAGAGGUCGGGAUUCUGAGCUCGCUACCUCAUCUGAGGAGAAGUUUGGAAAUGUCUAUGUCUCUAGAGAUGCUCAAGGUGGUGGCCUGGGGUUCGACGAGGGCACUGACAGUGAAGAUUCCUUUGGUGUGGAGAUUUUCGAGGGUCUUCCUGACUUGGGCGAAGGCAUGCCUGUAUGUGACUCCAUAGAGUUGGCAACUAAGGGCCGGUGGCAGGAAUUGAACUGGGUACCUUGGGCGUGUAAGUUGCCCCCUUCGUCCGUUAUACCAAAUCUUGCUAAACCAGGCAGGUGCCUGGCAGGCAGGAAAGUGGCCGUCAUUGGGGACUCCCAGGCGGCCCACUUCGCCAAAUCUUUCCUCCAAUUCCUCCAGUGUGAACCUCUCGAGACAGCACUACGCCGUGGGGUCUUCCAGAAUUGCAAGGUUAUUAAAAAGGAUAAGAACGGCGUCAAGAGGAAGGUCAAAGUGAAGGGUGGGCCUAUACCGUAUUUCGGCGAAUGGGAGGGAGCCCAGUGGGGCUGCGCUCGAUGCUCUGGUUGUGGCUUAGGAGAGCAUCGUUGUAAUGGUGAUGCCAUGUUGGAGGCCCUGACCGUUGAGUAUGUCGAUUGGAAAGCCCUCUAUGUGCCCCCUUGGAGCAACACCACGCAGGAAUUCCUAUUCCGGCAGUACUGGAAUGAUACCAAGGUCUCGAGGGCACCAGGGGCACUGAAAACCUUCAGGUCGCGAGGGCCCAGUCUAGUCUGGGCCAAUACGGGUCUUCACGAGCCCAGAGUGAUCACCUUCGAAAAGAACGCUACGGAUGCCCUCGGAUACGAGGCGGGAACCAAGAGGUAUAUGCUGGAAGCCCUGAGGGGAGGACGGCAACUUAUAUGGGCCCUCACUACUGCGGUGAAGAGAGGGGACCAGCCUAAGAACUGGAAGGACGUUACCUCAUCGUAUAGGAUCUGGUUGCUCAACCAGCAUGCCCUUUAUGCAGCACAGGAGGUUAUGAAGGAUGGAACUGUGCCGGAUAGCAGUGGUCUAGCUGUGCUUGACGCCUUUGGGACCUCGAGAGCUCCUCACUACGGCUUCCACAGCGACGGGGUGCACAUGGAAAAACAUGACAAUCUAUACUACGAUAAGAUGGUAGCGUUGGCAUUAGCCCAGUACGACCGGCAGAAGUGUUCAGUACCUAGUCAUGGACGAAGGCGACUACCCCUGUUCGCCAGGGCCCCGUUGUGGAGCAUCGGCCUGCCAUGGUACCCCGAAAAUAGGACGCACUGUGCCAGUUUUGAGCCUGCUAGUAGUGGGAGGUGGAUGGACGAUGGUACGUGGGGGCCGUGGGCGUGUAAACUUUAUGCCUUGGAAGAAGGGGAGGAUCCAUGUCAAGGCACUGUAGUCCAUAUAGUGGGCAUCAAGAACCAAGAGGUACUCAACGCUCUGAUGACUGCGAUGCCUUCUGCGAAGAACUACUCUGUGGGGGCCGCACUUGGGGCAGAGGGACUGCCCGACGUCCUCUUCAUGGGUCUGCCGUAUAGGGAUUUCGCCAAAAAUGGGACUUCGGCGGACUUCCUGAACGCCUUCAAGGGACAGGUGGGGAGGCUAGGCUCUGGGAGAAUAAUAGUAGUAGGAGAGCCGUACCCCAAGAAGAAGCAAGGCAGGGCCUGGCUAUAUAGGGAGCAUUCAGAGGCGGCUGCUCACCGUGUUGGUGCAGGGUUCUUGGACCUCUUUUCUAUGGGGUAUGAGGCCACUUUGGGUCUACAGGACACUGCAAUAGGGCCAGAGAUGGUUCCCCGGGCUGUUGCUGGACUGGUCAGAAGUGUGAUGAAGCACACGAAGUGUCGUCCCGGGUUCAUCUUGUGUAUAUUCUCUAUGGAAGCGAAGCCAUGGGUCGGACCCAACGGGGAGCAGCUUGGAGUGAUAGCCCCUCUCACCUCUAGUAUUGGUUAUAGGCUGGGCCUCCUCAUCUACCCUGACCUCUCCAAGGUCGAGUUUGACCUUCAUCUCAAUCCUAGAGUACUGUCUCGGGAUUUCCCAGCUUGGACCUCGGAUGGUAGUAACCGGGGAGCUAUGCUGCGGGAAGGGUAUCCGAUCACCCAGUGGAUCAGAGAGCUCACCAAGGCUGAUGAAAACAUAGUGUUGCUGAGCAACUCAGUGCAGUCGAACUUCCAGAACCCAUAUGACUGUUUCAUACAGGACGGUAUCAUGCAGAGACAGGGCUAUGCUAGUGCCUGCCCUAAGUACGCUUUUGGUGACAGCCCAGUGGAUGUGUUUGUCCUGGACUCGGACACUGAAGAGAGGCGAUUGCGAAGUUGCAAAGUGACGGAUGAGUGUAACGAGCGAUUUCCCUGGCGGAGGGCGGUCUCGGGCAGGCCCUUUGUGACGGACGGUGAGCUCCGGAAGAUCCCCCAUUGGGACCACGAGGACGGCGAAGAGAUAAAAUACGGUGAAGUGCCGUGGCUACCCAGCAGCACUGAAGCAGCCUUCUCUGCAGUGUGCGAAAGUCGCGAUGGGCAGGUCGUUCUGGCUUAUGCUAUUCAGCCACUGACUGCUUAUGAAUUCGGCCGGGCUUUAAUCGAUUCAGGAAUACACGAUGCAGUGCUUCUUGGUGGUAGUGGUGAUGUUGGGGUAUGGAUCCAAGGUAGGGGCCUUGAGGCAGCGGCUGCUAGGGAAGGCUCGGCUAGAGGCGCUCAGCCGCCGGGAACUCGCAACCUUAAUGGUGUUAUAGCAUUGAAAAUGCUCCACAACUAAGCGGCACUUUUAGCACU